AUGCCUUUACCUCGCCGAUCCCCUCGCUCGACGCCUAGGGCCUCGACGACAGUGGUUCCUCGCAGCCUCCAGCCGCUGCUCCAGCAGGCAAGGCAGACCAUCAGUGACCAGCAACAAGCCAUCACCACCUUGCAGGCCAACAUGGCGGCGCUCAUCACACGAGGCAACGUGGCGCCCGCCCCUCGGGUGCCUCUCUCGGCUGCCCCCGAGAAAUGCGACUUGGAUAUGACACCAGCUGCAUUCAGGUCGUGGAAACGGUCCAUGGAGUGCUGGCUUCUCCUCUGCAAGUGGCCACGCCAGGAAGCGGUCCAUCACGUCAGACUCCUCUGUGGCCCCCCGCUGCAACGUGCCUUGGACGCCAGAUUCACCUUCAACCAGUGGAGCGCCCUCACACAGCAGGAGGCGCUGGACGCCAUCGGCAUCCGCGACACGGGCCUCAAACAGCAGGUGUAUCAGGCGUGUGACUCGUUAGGCAGUGUGGACGCCCUAAGGGCCAUGUGUUGUGCAUAUGAGGCAGCCCGCCAACACACCACAGGCGUGGGCGGUUGGCGGGAAAGCAGUCGCGCGGCUGGCACCGUGCGGGCCGAGGAGGACGGGAACCAGACGCUCGACGCCGCCGCUGCCACCACCUCUGGCAAGACACAGCCCUCACGUACUUGCUGGAACUGUGGUACUUCGCACGCCCCUGACAGAGCUUCCUGUCCGGCCAGGGAAGCAGUCUGCGUCGCCUGUCGUAAGAAAGGUCACUUCAAGAGGUGCUGCAGGAGCUCCAAGCGCCCACACGGCACUGCAUCUGCCUACGCCGUCUCGGGAUCAGUGACAACGGCAGGCGCGAACGUGUCUCGCCAACCCACCAUAGAGGUAACAGUAGCGCUUGGCAAGGGCGCCAAGCACCGCACAGCAGCUGUGGCGGACACCGGCGCCCAGGUGUGCGUCGCGGGGGCGGCCCUCCUGUCCAGUCUCAACAUACAACCCACGCAGCUACAGGGAUGUGCAGGCUUGCGGGAUGUAGCGGACUUGCCCUUACGGUGCCUCGGAUCGUGCCGGUGUGACAUUUACCUUGGCGGCCAUGCUACACAGCAAGAAGUAUACUUCGUACCCUCCGCCAGGUCGCUGUUCCUGUCACUGAGCGCGUGCAAGGAGCUGGGGCUGGUGCCCGCCGGCUUCCCUCACCACUCCCUGCCGACAGUGCAAGCAGUGGAAGCGCGUGACACGACCGCCGAGCCUGCCCAGCCGCCUGCCAAGCCCGCUACGAUACCAUUCCCGCCACACGAGGAGCACGUACGACGGCUAGAGGAGUGGCUACUACAACACUUCUCGGCCUCCGCCUUCAACACCACAAGGAGCCCGCUGCCCGUGAUGGACGGCGAGCCUCACCACAUCCACCUGGCACCCAACGCUGUCCCCUACGCCUUCCACACGCCCGCCUCGGUGCCGAAACACUGGGAGGACGAGGUGAAAGCCCAGCUUGAAGACGACGUACGGCGAGGCGUCAUCGAGCCCGUCCCGGCAGGGGAACCCACGGAGUGGUGUGCCCGCAUGGUUGUGGUAGCAAAGAAAUCAGGGCAAUCGCGGCGCACCGUCGAUUACCAGCGCCUCAACGCCGCAUGCCGCAGAGAGACACACCACACCCCCGCCCCCUUCGACAUGGUGUCUAGUGUCCCCAAACAUUGCUUCAAGACAGUGGCUGACGCUUAUUGGGGGUACCACCAAGUCAGGCUGGACGAGGAGAGUCGAAGUCUCACCACCUUCAUCACCCCAUGGGGGAGGUUCAGGUACCUCCGGACCCCCAUGGGCCACUGUUCUGCUGGCGACGCAUACACAAAGCGCUUCGAUGACGCCAUCCAAGGCAUCGUGAGGAAGCACAAGUGUAUCGACGACACCCUCCUCUACGACAGCAACAUCGAAGACGCAUUCUGGCACACGUACGAGUUUCUGGCGACCUGUGCAGCCAAGGGGAUUACUUUGAAGCCUGAAAAAUUCCAGUUCGCACGGAGGGAGGUGGAUUUCGUGGGUUUUCGCCUCGGCUGGGAGGAGUACAAACCCACAGACGAGCGCCUAGCGGCAAUCAAAAGCUUCAGGAUGCCUGACAAGCCCUCCAUCUCAGACAUCAGGUCGUGGUACGGGUUUGUCAAUCAACUUGCCCCAUUCCUCGCCACAGCCCCAAUCAUGAACGCCUUCAGGGAGCUCCUGAAGAAGCCGUGCGGAAAGGCUGUGUACUGGGACGAGCACCUGCAGGAGAAAUUCCGCCGCGCUCAGGACACCAUAUGCCAGCUUGCAAAGGACGGCCUGGCAUAUUACGACAAAACCCGCCCCACAGUUGCCCUCACAGACUGGAGCAGGGAGGGCAUUGGAUUCAUUAUCCUGCAGCAGUUCUGCCACUGCUCGUCUGCUGCCGCUCCCUUCUGCUGCAGGGCGGGCUGGCGUCUGGCCCUGUGCGGAAGCCGCCACCUCACGGCCGCCGAGACUGGUUACGCCGCGGUAGAGGGGGAAACCUUGGCUGUGGUGUGGUGCCUCCAGAAAGCCCGGCUGUUCUUGUUGGGGUGCCCGAACCUCACCAUCGUCACCGACCACCGCCCUCUCACCAAGCUGCUGGGGGACAGGGCCCUCACAGAAGUCAUCAACCCACGACUCUUCCGGCUCAAGGAGCGAACGCUACAGUACCGCUUUCAAGUCAAAUAUCUGCCAGGAAAAAGGAACGCCGCAGCCGACUUCCUGUCCAGGUACCCAGCCCUCAGAAGCCCCACCACAGACACCGACACCGACCUAGAUGAGGACCUCACCGAGGCAGUAGCAGCCGUGGUCAUCGCCACAGCCGAACACGAGGGUCACGUUCUCGACGAGUCAGCGGUGAGAAAAUCUGCAGCCGACGACCCUGUCUACCAACUACUACUGGCCAAAGUGUUGGCCGCGGACUGGCACCCACACAAGGCGCAAGAAGUGGCCUGCCUGCGCCCGUUCUAUGGCGUGAGGGACCGGUUGGCGGUCUCUCAAGACCUUGUCACAUACACCUUUGACCAGGGUUGUGUGCGACUCGUGAUUCCUGAGCCCCUCCGCCCACAGGUAGCAGCAAACUUACACGCUGGUCACCAAGGGCUAGAUUCCAUGCUGCGGAGGGCAAGCAUGAGGGGCACACCUACAUGGUCUACGCUGACAGGCUCACUGGAUGGCUAG